CAUGUGACCAAUGUAAACAUUGAAAAGGAAAACAACAGCACAGUUAUCUCAUUGCUUAGCCUAUUUCUUCUUCUGACAGUAUCAUGGAGUUGGGUAUCCUCCUAACUGGUGUGUGCCUGUCACUCAUAAGUUCAUGCAGUGGACAAACCUACAACCAACCAGAACAGAUCCACAUCAACUAUGGAGUUGACCCGACUGUGAUGACUGUGACUUGGGUGACAUUUUCCGACACACCUGUCUCCAUUGCUGAAUAUGGUGAGGCAAUGCUAAGCAAAGUCGCCAAGGGGGUGUCGGAUAAGUUCAUUGAUGGUGGUGCAAUGAAAAGGAUCAUUUUUAUGCACCGUGUGAAUAUGACUGGGUUGACUCCUGGGAAACAGUACAGAUACCAUGUCGGAUCACCUGAUGGAUGGAGCGCAGUGUACAAUUUCUAUGCAAUGAGUGACAGUUCAAAGUGGCAGCCAAAGUUUGCUGUUUUUGGAGACUUUGGUAGUUCAAAUGCUCAGUCAUUGGGUCGCCUCCAGAAAGAGACACAGGAAGGGCACUUUGAUUUUGCAGUCCAUGUUGGUGACUUGGCUUAUAACCUACACACAUAUGAUGCCACAGUUGGGGACCAGUUCAUGAGACAGAUGGAGCCUAUAGCUGCUUACCUUCCUUACAUGACUUGUGUGGGGAACCAUGAAUGGGCGUAUAACUUCUCCAACUAUAAGUACAGGUUUUCUAUGCCAGCUGCUGGGGGUGAUGGACAAAACAUGUACUUCAGUUAUGAUGUUGGGCCCAUUCAUUUCAUUGCCUGGGCGAACGAAUUAUACUACUACACAUACUAUGGUAUCGAACAGAUAUUCAACCAGUACAAAUGGCUUGAAAAUGAUUUGAAGAAAGCAAACCUACCAGAGAAUCGAGCUAAGCAUCCAUGGAUCAUUGUAUAUGGACACAGGCCAAUGUAUUGCAGCAAUUCAGAUGAUGGGCAACACUGUAUCAACUUGAACAAUACAUGUCGCGUUGGCUAUAAAGAGGGUGGCUGGAAAAGUCCCGAAGAUCUCUUCUACAACUACGGCGUUGACGUCAUGUUGUCUGCUCAUGAACAUUCCUAUGAGAGAUGCUUCCCUGUGUAUAAUCUUACAGUGUGUAAUGGGACUGGGUCAAACCCUUAUAACAACCCUGAUGCUCCUGUACAUAUCAUCACUGGCUCGGCGGGUUGCAGUGAAGGUACAGACCCAUUUGAACCAAAGCCAUGGCCCUGGAGUGCUUUCCACAGUGAUGAUUAUGGAUACAAUAGAUUCCAAGUGUUCAAUAGUACUCAUCUCUACAUUGAGUAUGUGUCGGACAUCAAGGAUGGUGCUGUGAUUGACAAGAUGUGGCUCAUCAAGGACAAACACGGUCCUUACCUGUACAACUGUCAUAAGAAGCAACGGCCGUACCCGAUUCCUCCCGAGAUGAUGGACAAAGAACUCAUACUCAAAUACACCAAAAGACGGCGCUUCCAUCACAGGGAUACAGGAAAUCAAAAGUUUGAUGAUAUCGCCGAUCUGUUGGAAUUCAAAAAUAUCAACUGAGCCAGUUUAAGGACUUGAUAUUAAACUUGAUCAAUGUAAUUGUGUUGAGUUUCAACACAUGGAUUUGGCCAUAACAGUCAACAUUAACUACAAUGUCACCUACAGGUUUGUCGUAUGAAUUGUACAGGACUUGAUAUGAUAGAAUUCUGCCAUGUGCCUGUCUGCGCAUUCCCUUGCAGAUGUGCCCUUGUGUUCAGGACAUCAGCAGCGGCAAGUCCACACCAAGCACUGUACAUUUCAUAGAGCUUCCACCUGAGUGCGAGCUUGUGGGUUAAUCAAUAUUUAGCUACUACACUAUUUUAUUGAAACUUACUGGCGGUAUCAACAUGGAUUUUUCUGCCUCACAUUUUAUACUUGAUCUUGUGUGUUGUACAGCUGGUUUUUGUAUUAUAACUUUUAAAGGCCCAAUGCAGAAAUGUGUUACUCUUUUGUUUCUAAUUACUUUGUGCCAAGAAUGUUUAUACUUGAAAAAGAGUAUAAUCUAGAUGUCUCAUACAACCUUUGGUUAUUAGUAAAAAUUGAUAAAAUUA